AUGACGGUCUCUGAAUCUACUCAGAUCCAUCGGCGAUCCUCUACGCAACAUUACCAAACAUUCGACACUCCUCCCCCAAAGUCCCGCGGACGUCCCAACUCCGGCCAGUCUGGAUCGUCGGGCGACGGUUCUCACGACCAAAAUGACCACAAUGAGCCUUCCGACACAAAUUCGCCGCUGCCAAAGAGGCAAAUGGCCGUGCUUGCUAUGAUCGCCCUCGCAGAACAAACUGCGCUCAACUCCAUUAGUCCUUAUCUUCCACAUAUGGCAUCAACUUUCCCAGAGGUUGAACCUGGUCAGGUGGGAGUGUACGUAGGUACUAUCGCAUCGGCCUUUGCUCUCGCUCAACUUGCCACAAACUACUACUGGGGCUGGUUGUCGGAUCGAAUUGGGCGCAAGCCGGUCAUUCUUCUUGGCACCAUCUUGACCGCGUUGUGCUUCGUUGCUUUUGGCUUUUGCAAGACCUUGUGGCAGGCCAUUCUCGUGCAGGCGCUUAUGGGAGUUGUGAAUGGCAAUCAGGGACUUGUUUCCACUUGCUUGGGCGAGAUUACGGACCGGAGCAAUCAAUCGCAGGCUUUCACGUACCUCCCGGUUCUGUACGGUCUCGGAGGUAUCACCGGUCCACUUCUUGGAGGUCUGCUGGUCUUUGAGCGAAAUCCCUUCACGGGUGAAAGGAGCACAUAUCCCUACCUGGCACCCAAUCUCCUUUCCGCUGCCGUGCUGUUGCUGGACUUUAUUUUGACAGCCAUCUUUUUGGAAGAGUCUCUGGAAGACGCGGACAUCUUGCCACGCUUGGCAAAGAGGGUUCGCAGCCUGUUCACGUGGCUUUGGCAGUUUACGGGGCUCUCGAGACAUCCAACCUACACUCGCUUGCUCCAGACGACUGCGCAUCACGAUACUGAUGCUGAAGACCACGACAGCGAUCUUGACUCGGCGUCGGAAGUAUCGAGCCGGCAAGGUCCACCAGUUCAAAACUUGACAUGGGACGAGAUUUUCUCUCGAGAUACCAUUCUGUUACUGUUGACUUAUCUCAUCUUUGCAUUCUGCAACGUCUCUUUCAACUCGUUGUUCCCAAUUUUCGCCCAGGCUAGCCCGCCAGCUGGCCGUCAUUUGACUCCGUCUGAGAUUGGGCUUGCGCAAGGCUUUGCAGGUGUGGUGACCAUCUUGUUUCAGAUUUGCGUCUUCAAUCGCUUGCGUGACAAGAUGGGCAACCGAUGGUCCUAUCGUGCUGGCCUCUUUGGCUUUGUCGUCUCUUUUGUCUUGAUGCCUUUCGUAGGUUAUAAGGGUGAUGAUGGGAACGGACUGACUCAAAAAUCCGCUCUCAUGGCCGUGGAGUUGUGUUUCGUGGUACUGGUCAAGACAGUUGCGUCAGUGGGUGGAUUGACUAGUGCCUUAUUGUUGAUCACCAAUUCGGCACCAAAUAAUGCAGUGCUGGGUGCUCUCAAUGGUCUUGCCCAAACCCUCUCUGCUGCCGGGCGGGCCAUCGGCCCCUUCUUGUCCGGCGGACUAUUUUCGCUUACAGCCCAAAUCCAACCCAAGGGAGAAGCCAUUGCAUUUGGGGUUUUUGGAGCUGUCUCAUUCAUCGGUUUCAUCAUGAGCUUUGGGAUUCGAGGUCGAUCCCUUGAAGCCGAGGGGUGGGUCUCGGAGGAGGACGAGGAUGAUACUGACAAAUCCGACGAAGAGAACGAGACCUUGGAAGCAUGA